GAGCGACUGCGCUCCUGUGAGCGCACGCGCGGGGGAGAGGCGGCGGCGGGCUCUGGCUGGGCUGGGAAUACUCCCUAGUUCCGACCUUCAGGUCCAAUCUUCCUUUCUCGGACCCUCCGGCUUAUGUUCAUUAACUUUGCUGGGUGAUGAGGGGAAAUGGCGGGAGUGCCACAGCCUUCCAUGCCCCCCUGCGGGUCCCAGCCGGAAUUCGGAUACCUAACUGUGGUCUUUUCUGUGGCGCUGGUGGCUGCCAUGGCGAAGGCGGCAGCGCAAGCCGUACUGAAGCAGUUUCGGCUUAGCGUAGGGGCUCGAUCCCCUUUCCCUGCGUCUGGCGCCGCGGGAGAGACGCCCUGACGGACACCGCGCGCACUUCCCGGCGCGGGACCCGCUCACCGUCCGGCUACGUCGCCAGGCGCCCCGCCCCUCCCGCUCGCCAAUUGGAGGCUCGAGCUCAGCCCCUACACCCCCUACACCAACCAGCGGCGCCAGGGAGAGGCGAAACCCGGCUCUCCUCCUUCCUCCGGGAAGCGGAAGCGGAAGUGACGUUCGGGGAAGGUGGGGGCAAUCAUGGUGCCGCUGGGGAGAGGAGAAGCUGUCGCUGCCGCCGUUGCCGGGAGCCGCGGAGCGGCCCCACUACGUACAAGGUUCACCUUUUAAUCCAGAGCAGAAGAGAAAGAUAAAGUGCAAGUCCAGGCUGAAAACCAAAAGUGAUGGGAUUAUUUUUUCAGUUCCCUGUUCUGCCUGCCAAACUCACAUUUGUAGAACCUCAGUGUUUGCAGGUAAAUCACUAUUCCAAAACGGGAAAGCUUCACAUUUGGUAUUUUUCCCAAGAGAGCAAAUCUUCCCAAGAGAGUGUAUCUGCAGGUCUUCCAUUCAUCUAGCUGACAUCUCCCGGACUCCCAGUGUCAGUGUACUGUGCUAGGGACACUGGAAACAACAACUCCUCAUUCCCUCCUUGCAGAGAGCACGCUGUAGGAGGAUGCUUCUGCUGGGCUCCAGAUUGUUUUAGGAGACAAGUCAUUACUUUUCCAUUUCUCACAAUUGGGCUGAGCACAAUUGAACCAUGGGGGAACACAGUCCAGAUAACAACAUCAUCUACUUUGAGGCAGAGGAAGAUGAGCUGACCCCUGAUGACAGGAUGCUCAGGUUUGUGGAUAAAAACGGACUGGUGCCUUCCUCAUCUGGAACUGUAUACGAUAGGACAACUGUUCUUAUUGAGCAGGACCCUGGCACUUUGGAGGAUGAAGAUGAUGAUGGACAGUGUGGAGAACCCUUGCCUUUUCUAGUAGGGGGUGAAGAGGGCUUUCAUCUAAUAGAUCAUGAAGCAAUGUCCCAGGGUUAUGUGCAACACAUUAUCUCACCAGAUCAGAUUCAUUUAACAAUAAACCCUGGUUCCACGCCCAUGCCAAGAAAUAUCGAAGGUGCAACCCUCACUCUGCAGUCGGAAUGUCCAGAAACAAAACGUAAAGAAGUAAAGCGGUACCAGUGCACCUUCGAGGGCUGUCCCCGCACCUACAGCACAGCAGGCAACCUGCGCACCCACCAGAAGACUCACCGAGGAGAGUACACCUUUGUCUGUAACCAGGAGGGCUGCGGCAAGGCCUUCCUCACCUCCUACAGCCUCAGGAUCCACGUGCGAGUGCACACGAAGGAGAAGCCAUUUGAGUGCGACGUGCAGGGCUGUGAGAAGGCGUUCAACACGCUGUACAGGCUGAAAGCACAUCAGAGGCUUCACACAGGGAAAACGUUUAACUGUGAAUCUGAAGGCUGCAGCAAGUACUUCACCACACUCAGCGAUCUGAGGAAGCACAUUCGAACCCAUACAGGAGAAAAGCCAUUUCGGUGUGAUCAUGAUGGCUGUGGAAAAGCAUUUGCAGCAAGCCACCACCUUAAAACUCACGUCCGUACACAUACUGGUGAACGACCCUUUUUCUGCCCCAGUAACGGCUGUGAGAAAACAUUCAGCACUCAGUACAGUCUCAAAAGUCACAUGAAAGGUCACGAUAACAAAGGACACUUAUACAAUGCACUUCCAACUCACAACGGAUCAGAGGAUGCAAAUCACUCGCUUUGUCUGAGUGACUUGAGUCUUCUGUCCACAGAUUCUGAAUUUCGAGAAAAUUCCAAUACAACACAGGGCCAGGACCUCAGCACACUUUCACCAGCAACCAUCUUUAAGUCCAUGUUCCAGAAUUCAGAUGAUACGGCCAUUCAGGAAGAUCCUCAGCAGACAGCUGCCUUGAUUGAAAGUUUUAAUGGUGAUGCAGAGUCAGUCAAUGAUGUUCCGCCACCCACAGGAAAUUCAGCAUCUUUAUCUCUUCCACUUGUACUGCAGCCUGGCAUCUCCGAGCCACCCCAGCCUCUACUACCAGCCUCAGCACCGCCUGCUCCUCCGCCUGCUCCCUCCUUAGGACCUGGUUCCCAGCAAGCUGCAUUUGGCAACCCCCCUGCUCUCUUACAACCUCCAGAAGUGCCUGUCCCCCACAGCACACAGUUUGCUGCUAAUCAUCAAGAGUUUCUUCCGCACCCUCAGGCACCGCAGCCCGUCGUACCAGGACUUUCUGUUGUUGCUGGGGCCUCUGCGUCAGCAGCGGCAGUGACGUCAGCCGUGGCAGCAGCGCCCCAACCACAAAGUACUACUGAACCCCUGCCAGCCAUGGUCCAGACUCUACCCCUGGGUGCCAACUCUGUCCUAACUAAUAAUCCCACUAUAACCAUCACCCCGACGCCCAGCACGGCUAUCCUGCAGUCCAGCCUCGUCAUGGGAGAACAGAACUUACAGUGGAUAUUGAAUGGUGCCACCAGUUCACCACAAAACCAAGAACAAAUGCAGCAAGCAUCUAAAGUUGAGAAGGUGUUUUUUACCACUGCGGUACCAGUAGCCAGUAGCACAGGGAGCUCUGUACAGCAGAUUGGCCUCAGUGUUCCUGUGAUCAUCAUCAAGCAAGAAGAGGCGUGUCAGUGUCAGUGCGCAUGCCGGGACUCUGCUAAGGAGCGGGCGGCUGGCAGGAGAAAGGGCUGUUCCUCCCCACCCCCUCCAGAGCCAAGCCCCCAGCCUCCUGAGGAGCCCAGCCGGAAGCUACCACCACAGACUUUCUCCUCACCCUCUGUCCCCCUGUCAUCCUCCUCCGCCAUCCCCUCUUCCUGUGAGCAGAGCAGACAAGCAGGGACUCCUCCAGACCCUCAGACAGAAACGUUAAGUGCCAUGGAUGUGUCAGAGUUUCUGUCCCUCCCGAACCUGGACACGCCGUCCAAUCUGAUUCCCAUUGAAGCACUACUGCAGGGGGAGGAGGAGCUGGGCCUGACCAGCAGCUUCUCCAAGUGAAAGGCCACCUGUGCUCCCCUCCGGGAAGAGAGGGCGAGCAGGAAGCACACACAGGUGCGAUGUCUACCAUCAUGGGAUUGGUAAUUUGAAGGAUGAAGAAAUCUAUUUGAAAUCCUCACAUUUCGGAUAUAUUUUCUUUAUUCAUAUCCCAGGAGCAUCCAUUUUAAGGAACUGAUCUUUGGGAGAAAAAACAACAACAAAACAACAAAAAAAGCUAAGUUAUAAAUGAACUGUUUGGCUGCACUGUAUGUCACUUUUGCUUAUUGUCAUGUGAACUUGGAAAUUAAGGUUACUCGUAUGCAUAAAAAUUCCAAGUGAAAGGGUGUGUUUCCAUCAAUCUGAUGUUGCCCAUCACUUGCACUGGGGCCUUGGGGUCUGGACAGUGGAAUUCAGUGUGUCAGGUGUUGCUCCUCCCUGUGCGUCUUUUGAGCCUGAGGCUGAAGCUCGCUCCAAAGGCCAGACCCUCACUCCACCAGAGGGGGAAGUGGCAAAGGCAGGUCAGACAGCUGUGAGCCGGACAGAAAUUGGGUGAGGUGGUUUUGCUGUUUGCACUUGUGUCAGUGGAGCUCGGAGUGACUGUGGCAGGUGUCUGCAUCCAGCUGCAGCACAGAUGGGCAGCUAACAGCCUGGCCCGAAGCUGUAGGGAGGAUCUGGUUCUGUGGGGCCCCGCGCGAGCUGUUUACUAUCUGCCGAUGGCGUGUGUGCAGAGCAGGCUCUAGCAACGUGAUCACAGUCUUUGCCUUCCUGUUUCUGUCUCUCAGUUGGUUGCCAGGGUUUGCAGAUCACAGCGAAUUUUUCUUGGGGAACAUCCCUGUUUUGUCCUAGAGUGGACAUGUGGGUGUAUGGCCAGUUGCUGGUCGGUGCUCUGCCUUCCUUUAUGGUAUUUCUCUUCCUCGGAGCAGAAGAGCUGCAUUUUGCUUAUCAGAAGGUGUAUCGCUGAGGGAGGUUUCUUAAGGUGGCAUGUAAUUGGCAGGCCAGGUAUCCUGGUUCCAGGUUCUAGCCAGGCUUUUGGUUGCCCCUCCCAUCUCCACCUCUCACCCCUCUGGAUUUUGCAUACAGCCUAGUACAGUGCAAAGAAGGAUGUGACUUGCUCAGCUUAGUCACUUGAUUUCUAAACAAAAACAAAAAAUAAACAAAAAACACAAAACGAUGAUCUUCUACUCAGGGUAAAACAAACAAAAAAAUUCCCCUUCCACCAAAAAGCCUGAAAUGUUGCAAUAAGUUAUCGCAUUUGGAAUGUUUCAUUAAGUUGUGUUAUAGGAAAGAAGAAUUGUUUUUUGAUUUGUGUAUAGAAUUACAACCAUCUAUCUGCCUUUGGCUCCAAGUCAUGCCUCUAAACAUAAAACAUAAAAUACAGCCCACACUAAAAUGGAAAGUUUCUCUCAACUGGCUAUAUCAGUGUAGUCAUAAGCACUCACCAAGCUCACUGAGCUCAGAAGCUGGGCAUGGCCCCGCGUCUAUAGACUAGGCCCCUUCCCUGCCUUGAGCAAACAGGGCUGCUCUUCUGGGUCAUUGAUGUCGGGCAGAAAGUAGCCAUAAUCUUGCCUUCCUUUUUCCCACUCCCUAAUGUAAAAAGAGCUGCAUUUGCCACUCUCCUGUCCCUGAGCCAUACUCACGGCCGGCCAAGACAGUAUCCAGAGCAGAUCAUUUUGGGAGCCAGAAGCCCAGCCUUUAACAGGAUGUUCAGGGACAGACUUGGACAAGAGGGCGGUGGUGGUGAACGUCGUCACUGCAAUGAGAGGUGGGCUUAGCCACAAGCAGCUGCUGGCUUCUCAUUCCAGGAGUCGAGGCAGGAGAAUGGGUUUCCUUUAACCUUCUGCACUCUCCUCCCCAAGAGGCUGGUGGGUUCUGGGACCACUGACCUCAGCAGAAGUUGAUAAGUCAGGAGGAAUCUUCUAGUACCACAGUGAGCGGGUCCUGGAAAACCAGCUGCUGAGCAUGGCUUGUCCUUGGCUCUGUGGACCAGGCAGCAUAGGAAGCUUUGAGGUAGGGCACGUGUGUUUUCUCUACCUCUUCUGCGAGCGACCAGCACAAUACGAUCCCAAAGGUAAUUGGCGUCGGAGGGCAGGAAUGACCUCUUCCCACAUCCCUGGAGUCACCUGGGACUCAGUUCCCUGGGAGCAGGUGGGAAACGGGAGUCCAGGAAAAGCCGCUAGAAGUGUCCAUGGUUUAAAUGUUGCUUCUUUCUGGUAGCCAGGCCUGUGCUGACUUGUUGAGCCUACCCAGGUCAAUGGCUUUUCUGCUCUCCAAAGAUUGGGGGUGAUGAAGAAGCAUCUUAAAAUAGUGUUUGGGUCGACAGAUUUUUCUAGUUGCAGUAUCUGCCUUUUGAGGAUGAUUCGAGAUUACGAGGGCAACUAUCAAACCCAAUCAGCUUUUGAAAAAUCAUGAGCGUGCUUAAAAUGUCAGUGAGUGGUUGCAAAGAAGAGCAGGUUUAUUCCACAGGAUAGGCAGUCUUUCCUUCCUCCUCCAGCGCCCUCCCUCCCCCCCCUCCUCUGUAAACCUUGGAGAAGAGUGGGCCGCUGGCUAAAGUGGAUCUAGACAGAGCCUUCAUGGAGAGAGUGGUUUCCCAAACCUGGAGUGAACCGAGGGAAAGGUUAGAGGUCUGCAGACUUCUACCAGGUGAAAUCAAGCCUUUUUCUUCCCAUGGUAACCUUAACCAUUUCCCCCCUGUAGAUUUAUACUUCCAGUUCCUGCUAGCAUCUCUAGUUAUACUGCUCCGAUACAGGGUGCUAGUCAGCAUCAGGAAUUGGAGUACACGGGCUCAGGAGGUGGGAGGAACCUUGGCUGGCACCACCAAACUGCCUUAGUGAAUCUGGCCCUUCCCAGGCAUUGAGGGAAAGUGGCCCUGCCUUUCCUGUCGGGUCUGGUCAGCCUCAUGGGGACAUCACCAGUUUGGUGGCAGGAGUUAGUGUCAUUUAUUGAAUCCCCUGCCCCCCUAUCCUUUUAGAAGGAGGUCUUGGUACAAAGCCUGGGAGGGGCCUUCAUGUGUGAAGACCUCUCUGGGUAGAAGCAAGGGACUUCUGUUUACCACCUCUGGGAGAGUCAGUAGCUUGGAGAGUGUCAAGGCAGUGGACUGAUGGGGCUAAUGGAGGGUGGCUGGGUUUCCUGAGAGACUUUGUAUAAUGCUGAAUGUGUCCAGAGGGACGAGUUUGCAGAACCUCAUAUUGGUAUAUUAAAGAAAUAAUAAAAUAAAAAGCACUUUAGGUUAUUUUAUCUUUAACCCAGUUGCUGCAAUUUCUUUUGUGUGUGUGUGUGUGUGUGUGUGUGUGUGUGUGCUUUCCACAAAGUUUUAUUUUUUGCUUAGAAUAAAAAGUUAAAUUGAGGUGUGAAAAGAAAAGCACUUACCUUGGUGCAAUAUGUGUAGCUUGAUGGUCGUUGUCCCAUGUGGCCCUGGCCUGGCCGCAUUUUCUGCUCCAUCAACUCUGUACCAGGAGGCUGUCUGUAGGGAAACACUAUUAUGCAUUCUCAGCAACUGCUCAAUCUAUGCAAGCCUUCCCUGUGUGCCUGAGGGCGCCCCCUCAGGCUCUCUAAAGAACUGCUGCGGGUCCUGUUUUCUGCUGACUGUUGAGGCCCUUUUGCAUCACUUCUUGCACCCUUGCCAUCUUUCCCCCCUUCACUAUUACAAAGUGUUGUCUGAAAGGAAGGAACGGGAUGUUCCUAGGUAGAAACCUGGCACCUUCUAGACUUUUAUAUUUGUAAUCACGUCCAUUGUCCUUAAUCUUAAAAGACUUCUCCAGAAUCACCGAAACCAUUGAUUUGUGGAACUUGCAACAGUAUUGCUAGACUUUUCAGUUUUCCUAAUCACCAAUCAGAAAUAUGUUUGGGGAGGUAUUAGAGGUGGGGAGGCAACAUGAGCCAUUUCCUUACCGCUCCCAUGCUACCCCUAUUGGCUUUUUAAGCAAAAAGGCCUCCAGCCUUCAUUAAAUCCAAUAAACAAAGCUGUUAUAAUUUGCUUUAUCAACUUUUUCCCUUCCCCCUCAGUCCUCUCUUGUUUCCCCUACCACCCCAUUUUAUCUUCAUUCUCAGGCUACUAUACAAUGGAAAAGUUUGAAAAUACUUCAGCCAAAGCAGAAAGAUUUCCAUAGAUCCAAUAUGCAAAUGAUAUUGCUGUGACAUAGAUCAGAAUUGUUCAUUCCUUAAUACUGGGAGGGAGGAGGCAAGAAAACGGAAUUAUGCAUAUUUCUGAUUGGUAACCAGUUAGGCUAUUUCCUCUGGGACAGACUUGGGGAAGAGAAAGGGUCCUGUGUUUCUUCUCAUGCCCUUUGGGGAAGCUGAUGACCACUGUUUGGGCAUUUUUCACUGUUAAGCCCAUUCAAGAGGGCUUCUCAGUCUGCACUGAAAAUGCAAAUUAAACUGGAUCUUUAUGUUAAUGUGUACAUAGUACAGCCUUUUUUACUGGAUGCAAAGUUUAAACACACUGCCCUUUUGGUGGUGUGCCUGCUGGGCCAAAAAUUGGGUGAUAACGUAGUGUCACUUUCUCAGCUCAGUGCAGUUUCUACUCUUUUUCUUAUGGGAAAGUUUUUCAUAAAACCUUUUUUCACCAAAACCCAGGGUUGUUUUUUGCAAUAUCCUUGUUAUCCUCACAGUGGUGCCAAGUCAGAGGCCUCUCUUGCCCUCCCCCUGUGUCCUCAGGCCUCCCCUAGGGCGAUGUUUGACUCUAGUCCUUUGUUGUUUUUGGUGAAUGUGGGGGCGGGGGUCAGAGUUCAAGGUGGUUGUUUCCUUUCCCUGUGAACUCCUAGUCCCAGUUUGGGGGAGGUGGCUGGAAACUUGGUUUUGCUGAAUCUCUGGCUCAGAUCUUCUGGCCGGGAAAGGCAAGACCCAGGAGAGCCUUUUCUUUUGGACAUACACCGGUCAUUGGCUGAAGGUCUCCGUGACAGUUGUCUAAAGCCCAGUAGUUUUAUUUGGAUUAUGUAAAGCCUAUCAAAUUCAUUUAAGUGUGAAACAUGGGAACAACAGACUUUCACUGAGCGAUAUGAAAACGUUACAGGUUCAGUACUUCCAAAGGAAGAAACCUCCAAACCCAAAAGAGUAAAUAUGAAUUUGUAUUUUUGAAGAAUGUGAAAUAAUGGUGUUUGCUUAAUUGCUCAUUUUGUAUAAACUUAAUAUUGUACUUUAAAAUAUCUGCUAAGAAGUGAAAAUUUAACUUUUUGGAAUUGAAAAAGCAAUAUUAAAUACUAAUGAGAUCCUAAUUAAAUGCUUAUUUAAAUCUG